AUGCGGCUGCGCCUACUGCUGAGCUGUGCAGCUGGCACUGGAGUCCUGUGUAAUACCAUCAUGUGCCCCAGCUGCACCAUUGGAUGGUUUGUCCACAGGUCCAAUUGCUAUGGAUACUUCUGGAAGCUGAGGAACUGGUCUGAUGCUGAGGUAAGAAAUUUGGCCCAUGCCUGGACCGACUUCUCUAGAGCAAGGUGCCAGCCAGAACCCUGGAUCUCAUCUGAUUCAGGAUCAAGUGUCUUUCCUUGGCACUCUGAGGAGAAGCUGCCUGGCUGGGGAAAGGAUAGAAGAGUGUUGUGUUGA